AUGUGUGCCGACGGUGAGAAACAUGUCUUACAGCAGCCCUAGAAUUCAAUCCACUGUUACUAACCCCAAGCUGUAACUUAGUAGUAAAACACAUGCCUAGCAUGCAGAAGGUCCUUGACUUUAUCUCUGGCAUCUCCAGCUGGAACAUGGGCAUAGCCAGGAUUUUUUUUGGGGGGGGGAGGCCUUUUGUUGGUGGGGGCAGAAGCUCAGCUAUGUAUUUUUAUUGACUGGGGGCAGCUGCCCCUCCCUGUCCCCCCGGCUAUGCCCAUGAGCUGGAAUACUGCUGCUAGUCAGUGUAUGUAAUGCUAAACUAGAUGGGCUAGAUGGGAGACAGUAACAUGAUACUGAUUCAUUAUUUCAUUCAUAAGGUAAAGGUAAAGGGACCCCUGACCAUGAGGUCCAGUCGUGGCCGACUCUGGGGUUGCGGCACUCAUCUCGCUUUAUUGGCUGAGGGAGCCGGCGUACAGCUACUGGGUCAUGUGGCCAGCAUGACUAAGCCGCUUCUGGCGAACCAGAGCAGCGCACGGAAACGCCAUUUACCUUCCCGGCAGAGCGGUACCUAUUUAUCCACCUGCACUUUGACGUGCUUUUGAACUGCUAGGUUGGCAGGAGCAGGGACCGAGCAACGGGAGCUCACCCCGUUGCAGGGAUUCAAACCGCCGACCUUCUGAUCGGCAAGUCCUAGGCUCUGUGGUUUAACCUACAGCGCCACCUGCGUCCCAUUUCAUUCAUAUAUAUAUAUAUAAUUUAUUUUCCAUUUAAUAUUAUACAUUCACAUCAUCAUUAUCCACUUUACCACCUUGGCUCUUUAGAGCCCAUCGACUUCCUUCCCUCCUGCCUCAUGGCUUUCAAAAUUAACCUUUACAUCAUUGCAUUUUAUACGUUUUCCAAUUCUAAUUACACGCAUUACAAAAUAGCUCAAAAUUUAAAUGAAAAUAGAGAGAAAAAUUCUCAUUACAAGUCUUCACAGACUACCCUGCUGGUGAUGCUAAUUGCUUACAAUAAUCUUUCAAAUAUCGUAUAAAUUUACUCCAGUCAGUUUGGAAUACUUGAUCAUCAUUAUUUCUAUCCCAUCUCUCCUACUAAUAAUUGUGUAUGUGUAUGUGAGUUUAUUACAGUAAUAACUUUAUGGGGGGGGGGAACCAGGCUCGCGUGUCACUCUAGAACUUUUCCCCUCUAGGAUCCGCGCCCGCCACGGGCUUCUUCCAACGGUUUCCCGCCCUUCGCGACGUCACCCGGGCGCGCGCGGAGGAGCGAAAGGCCCCUUCGCAAAGGCGCGGAGAGAAGGCUGUCGCCUGCCGCGCUGUGCGCGAUGGCGUCAUCGCGUCGCGGCCGCCGACGUCGCGCCCCGUUUUCUUUCUCCGUAGUAACCGGGUAGAGAGGGGAGGAAGGCAGGCGAGGAGGAGGGGAAGGCGGGGAAGAAAGCCGCGCGAGGGUCUGACGAGGCGGCGGGUAAGCAGAGAGGAGACCGUGGGGGAGAAGAGGGGCUGGAAAGAGGCCCCCGGGCCGCCCCUCCUCCUGCUGGGUUGCCUGGAUAUGAAGGAAGAGGAGGAGGGGGCGGGGCUGAGGCCUAGCGGGGCUAUGGAGGCCUCGGGGACCUGAUGUCUCUCUCUCUCUCUCUCCCCAUUCCUAGGCGACGUGCCCUCCUGUCUCCAGCCACACCCGUCGCCCCUUACCGAGGGUAAGUAGGCAGGUGGUAUUAUCGGAAUAUCUUCGGACGUACACUUGGGAUUCCGAGCCUGAAGGCCGCCUUUUUUGCUGCUGCUCCUCCUCCACCACACUUGCAGCCUCCAGUCCUCUGUUGACAUAGCAAAAGUCCUUGCCCGUUGAAAGGGCGAGGGGGGGACGGCAACAGGAUCAGAGCCGCUUUUUGUUACAGUGGUACCUCGGGUUACAUACGCUUCAGGUUUCAGACUCCGCUAACCCAGAAAUAGUACCUUGGGUUAAGAACUUUACUUCAGGAUGAGAACAGAAAUCGUGCUCCGGCGGCACGGCAGCAGCUGGAGGCCCCAUUAGCUAAAGUUUUGCUUCUGGUUAAGAACAGUUUCAGGUUAAGAACAGACCUCUGGAACGAAUUACCGUAUUUUUUUCUAUAUAAGACUCACUUUUCCCCUCCUAAAAAGUAAGGAGAAAUGUGUGUGCGUCUUAUGGAGCGAAUGUAGGCUGCGCAGCUAUCCCAGAAGCCAGAACAGCAAGAGGGAUUGCUGCUUUCACUGUGCAGCGAUCCCUCUUGCUGUUCUGGCUUCUGAGAUUCACAAUAUUUUUUUUUCUUGUUUUCCUCCUCCAAAAACUAGGUGCGUCUUCUGGUCUGGUGCGUCUUAUAGAGCGAAAAAUACGGUAAGUACUUAACCUGAGGUACCACUGUAUUUGCGUGCCUGACUCGAGGGAGCGAGCGUGUGCAUGUGCACGGUUUUCUCAGAAGUCAGCCCACUGAGCACAGUGGAAAGUCCCCUGCCGAGUGGGCAUGGCAUGCAAGUGGGGCUUGAACCCCAAAUAAUAGCUGCCGUGCUUUUGUUUUCGCUUCCUUUCCACAACGGCGCUGGCUGUAUUUGUAAAACUGAAGGUAACAUUUAUAGAAGAAUAGAACUGGAAGGGGCCAAGGAAGACACGUAAUCCACAGGUGUGUGGAUUAUGCACCCUACAAACCACCUACAGCUGCCAGCGGUGGUCACCAUUGUAGUAGAUGCAUUGUGGCAAUGGCUUCAAAUGCUCAAGCCAAUGCACAGCUAUGAACCAAUAUAUGAUUGCUGGUGGACCGGAUGCAGCAGACUGAGUCUGAGUUCUGGUUAGGCUAAGAAACUUACUGGCUGGCCUUGAAAGUCAGUCUGCCCCAUGUAUUGAUGUCGGGGGAAAAGGUCAGAAUGUUUUGAAUUGAAAGACAAAUUUGAAAAAGAAGUGUCAAGUGCUUUUAAAUGGAAGUGGCUAAGUAAACAAUAAUAGUGCAUAUUUACAAAGUACGGUAUCCAGCUGCCUCAGUUCUCUAUUUUAGUCUCGUAUCUCCCAGUACGGCUGCUCCCUGUUUUUCUACCUGCAAACACAGGAUGUAUCUGUUUUCCUCUUCCAAGGCUGUUCUCUCUUAACCUAACUUUUUCAGGUGGACUGUAUGACCGUGGCACUUAGACACAAAUAGUUUUCAAAGCAGCAGAUAUCCACGUGAUAAAAAUCCCCAAUGAAAAUAUGUAUAUUAGACUCGUAUGUGCAUUCACUGUAGAGUUUGUAAGAGCUGAACCAAAUCUCUUCCACAGAUUUAA